GUGUUUGUCCAUUCGCCCAUCCUUCAACCAUAAUUACAAUUAUGUCCAUGGAAGGCCGGAGUAACGGCAGCAGCCCCGGCGAUGCGGCGGCCGGGCCGGCGGCUGUCCGCUCCCGGUGGACCCCGAAACCGGAACAGAUCCUCAUCCUGGAGUCCAUCUUCAACAGCGGGACGGUGAACCCGCCCAAAAACGAGACCGUCCGCAUCCGCAAGCUGCUCGAGAAGUUCGGCGCCGUCAGCGACGCCAACGUCUUCUACUGGUUCCAGAACCGCCGCUCCCGCUCCCGCCGCCGCCAGCGGGAGCUGCAGGCCGCCUCAGCCCUCGCCUCAUCCUCACCGCCUUACUCCUCCUCCACUGCACGUUCCUCUUCCGCCUCGCCGUCCUCCUCCUCCUCCUCCUCCUGGCCGGCAGCCGACGAGGACCUCUUGUCGAUCUCUCACCGGAUGGGAGGGUUCAUGGAAGGCAAUUAUUCCAUCUUCAACUACACGAAGCAACCCGAUCAGUAUAGCCCAAUUAAAGAAUCGAUCGACAACACGAUCACGGUGUUCAUCAACGGGAUGCGAUGGGAAGCGCCGAGAGGGCCUUUAGACAUGAGAGCCAUGUUCGGCCAAAGCGCGGUGCUGGUGCAUUCCUCUGGACAGCUGCUGCCUGUCGAUGAACAUGGAAUUCUGCUGCAGAGCCUGCAGAUGGGCGAGAGCUACUUCCUGCUUGUGCACCCGGAGGCUGGAGCAUGUGUCUAGGCGCAGAAGGGAUAAUAGAUUUGUACAUUAAUUUGUUCUCCAAAUUGUCUUCUUACGCUUGUUUUUGAUGGAGCGGUACGUACUGAUCUAUUGCUAAACAUUAAAAUCCACAUCAAUUUUCUUAUUACUAUAUCUAAAAUUUAAAAUAAAUCAUUCACUUUAUUAAAUUUAGACAAUCAUUUUUUACUACACACUACAUCAACUACUCUAAAAUUUCCAUCAUCCUUAAUUUUUUAUUAUAUUAUUUUAAUUUUAGGAUAAUGAUUUCAUUCCCUAAAUUUAGAGAGUCACUAUUCAUCAAAUCUAAAUUUAGGAAAUGAAUAGGAUAGCUGAUGUAAAGAUUUUUAACUAUCCAAUCCAAAAUUUAAGGUAACAUUUUUGGAUAUAGUAGCUGAUAUGGGUACUCUUAGUGAUAUGAUCCGGAGGAAUGGGCAGUGGCGGAUCUAGGGGGAGCGGGGGUGUGCUUGAGCACCCCCUUGCUCCCGGAAAAUUCCAUCAGUAUGCUGUAGUCCGAGGGGCAACGAAAAGGAAGACAAGCUCCAGUUCUCUUCUUUGAGCACCCUCUUCUUUUUUUGUCUGGAUCCAUCAUUGGGAAUGGGUUAACUCCAGCUGGAUUAUUAUAUUUUUCGGUUGACUUAGACCACGUCAGUUGCUACUGGAUCUAUCUUCUUUAGUCGCGGAUCGGGUGCACUUGCAGGGUGGAGAUGGGGAGAGCAUAUCCUCUGGUUCACAAAUUAAGGAUCAGGGAAUGAUCCACUACAUGAUGACCCUUGAUUUAGAUGGAUCCCACUUAUUUAAAGAUGAGGUCCAUCCAAAUCAAGGGUCCUCAUCAGUGGACCAUCCCCUAAUCCGUAAUUUGUGGACCAGAGGAUCCCUAAUGGGAGAUGGGAUGAUCCAAAUUUUGACAAAUCAACCCCUUCCUUGCCUUGAUGAGCACUCCGCUGCCUGGCUGAAAUAGACCGACGGAAGGUUAGGAGGGAGCCAGGUGCGCUUUGGCAUGACCUCUUCGGACGUUCAAGUUAGAGUUCGAGAAAUGAAUGGAGAAAAGAACGGAGAAUAAUAGGAUAGAAAUAUUAGUUUUGCAGUUAAAUUGAGCAAACUAGUCCCUUGCCUCCCUUUUCGUUGAUAUCAACACCUUAUAUGCAGAAGAAGCUAAGGAGAAGAAGGGGCACUUGUCUUGUAUCGGCAAACUUUUUUUCUUCAUGUUAUGCCUUUAUUUCAAGCAGCUGUGUAAUUCUAGGGUUUGUAACUAAUGUAAUCGACGCUUCCUUUUUCUCAUUCGUAAAGGACGCCUUGUUUUCUACAUUUGUAACUG